CCCAUCAGCUGUUGAAGUAAACAAAUAUUACUCCUUCAAAAUCAGCAAUAAAAAUGUAUUAUCUGGAGUUAUCCAGCAAAAAUGUCGUUCGUUUCGACUCUGUGUCUCAACUAACGAACGUCUUUUUCGACGAUUCAAACAAACAAGUCUUUUCUGUUCGAAGCGGCGGAGCAACGGGAAUUACAGUAAAAUCUCCCUUGAAUCCCGAUCAGGCGAUAAAUUUCAUCAUGGAAGCCUCCGAUCGAGGUCCAAUUCGAAGCAUAAAAAUGUCUCCCGAUCCCGAACACAAAAUUAUCGCCGUUCAAAGGACUGAAAAUAGUGUAGAAUUCAUAAAUUUCAUAAACGGGGAACCAAAUCUCGCUGACAUGAUCUUACACAAGAGCAAACACACAAUUUUCGGGUUUAUUUGGAUACAUACGCGAGAAGUUGUGCUCAUCAGUAAUGCAGGAGUCGAACUUUUCAACGUAUUGGUUGAGAAAAAACAAUUAAAAUCCCUUAAAACGUGCAAUUUGACGAUAAAUUGGUUUUCUUGGUGUCCUGCGAGUAAUUUUGCGUUACUUUCAUCAAGCAACGGAACGAUUUUAACUCCUGUGCUGAUCAAACAAGGCGUUAUUACAAAAUUACCGAUGUUAGAACUUGAACCCGGAAGAAGCGUUCUCGAACGAGACGUUACUUUAGGAGUACUUUACGGCAUAAGUUCCAUCUUUAUACUUCAUCAAACCCAAAGUCGCCUUGUAGAAAUUGUCGUUUACACGUUAAAUGGUCCCGGAUUAGCUCCCAAAAAGUCUUAUAUUCUCCGUUUGGGACAUCAGGGGCGUUUCGCUAUCAAUAUCGUCGACGAUUUGGUAAUUGUACAUCAUCAAGCCUCCAAAACGAGUCUCAUUUUCGACAUUUAUCUACCCGGCGAGACAGAUUCUGUGACGGGAGUUACAACACAUCUCCCAUUGACGCCGGGAAAGCCCAUUAAACCGUUUCAUCUGAAGCUUCCAAGUCUCUCGUACGACACAAGUACCAUGGAAUGCGAUUUAUACUCCCCAAAUUGGGUGUUAUUCCAACCAAAUAUCGUAAUUGACGCAAAAUUGGGAUGUUUAUGGAAUUUGGAGAUUUGUCUCGAAGCCCUCGCGCAACAUAUUGGCGAUUUUGUCAAGUUAACUGACUUUUUGUUACGAAGAACGGGCGCCAAAGAGAUCGUCCUGUCAGUUAUUCGUGAUCUUGUGAGUACGCAAUAUAGCGGCGUGAAGCUUCCUGUGAUCGAAACAAUUUUUGACAAGUUAAAUGUGAUCUACAAGCAAGAUUUGGACAACGACCUGUUCUCACAAAUGGCAAUUUCGACGAAAAAUUCAAUUUUUCCAAAGAAUUAUGAACCGCCGCGUGUUCUAAUCACGCAAAGUGACAUGUUUUCGAGCGUUUUCAGUACAAUUGCGGAUGCCGAGCAUCUUGAAUACGUUCUCAUCGAGUACAUUUACUCAUUAACGAAGCAAGGAAUUACCAUUCAACACGAUUUAAGUAAGAUGAUCAUCAUGGAAAUGGUCAAGAACAAAAAUUUGAACGCCUUGCAUCAAAUGUUGCAGUUGAGUGUGUUGAGCGAAUCAAAGCCUCUUGCGUGUUUUUUGCUUUCCUUGUCAAAAGUCGACGAAAAAAUCUUCCAAGCGGCGAUGGAUAUGCUUGCGAGACUAAAUGCCAACGAAAUUAUCAUCGAAGUGCUGUUAGAAAAGGGAAAAGUCAUCGACGCGCUAAAGUUGGCAAAGGCUCAACCCAAUCCCGAUAACAUUCCGGCGCGAAAAUUCCUCGAAGCGGCAAACAAACAUCAGGAUCCGCUCGUUUUCUACUCAGUUUUUGUCUUUUUUCAACAGCGAAACGUUCGGUUAAGAGGAAAUCCGGAUUUUCUCAAGAACGAGCAAUGUGAGCAAUAUGUCCAACGUUAUCAAGCCAUGUGUAACGGAGAAUCUUGAAUUAUUGACUAAAAAUAAAACGAAACGUCAUCUAAAAAAA